AUCGUUUGGAGAAGGACGAGAAGAGACGGCAAUGGCGAUGGCGAUGGCGAUGAUGCGGUCUGGAUUUCAAGCAGCACUUCGCAGAGGCACGAGAACAGCUCCUUCUAAGAGGGGAUUUGCUUCCUCUGCUCAGCAUGAUGAUGCUCAUGAAGCGGCAAAAUGGGAAAAGAUAACUUAUGCUGGCAUAGUAUCGUGCACAAUUUUAGCUGUUGUCAACUUAUCGAAGGGUCAUCCCCACUUUGAUGAGCCUCCUGCAUACCCAUAUUUGCACAUCCGUAACAAGGAGUUUCCAUGGGGUCCAGAUGGCCUUUUCGAGGUGAAGGAACACCAUUAAUGGGCAGUCACAAGUUGAUUUUUUUGAAACAUUAAGAUCUAUUCGAAUAUUCCCCUGGCUUCCUCAAGCAAGGUGAUUUUAAACUGACUGUGGCUAGCUGUGUUGGUUUUUAUCUUACUCUGCCAGUCCAAUAAGAACUCUAAAUAGUUUAUGGUGCAAUUUCCCCAGUUUGUCAUCUUGGUUUCUUGAAUGUCUGAGUUUUACAACAUUAUUCAAGAAAGCUUUCAUUAUUGUGUCA